CCAAUCUAGGUUUGGUAGAGAGAAUAUAUUUCACUCUUUACCUUCUCUUUCUUCAACUUCUUCUUCGUUUCUUCCGACGAUUCUUCUCCAAACCCACGAACUUCAAUAGCAGCAACCACCACCUCUCCUCUACAGAUCGAAGCUCUUUCUCUUUCAAGUUUGUUGUUGCUGUAUGAAUCAUGGUGAGGAUUGUAAGGAAACUACAGAGUAUGAAUUUCACCAGAAGUUUUUCUACCGAGAAAUCCAAGCCGGUGUUUUACACUAGGUGGCCUAUCCCACCAAUGAACAUCCUCAAGUUCAAUACAGAUGCAUCUGUGAAGGGUCAUGAAAGUAAAUGUGCGUUUGUAGCGAGGGUUCAUGGAGGGAAGUAUGCAGAUGGCAUCAUGGGAGGAAAAAGUAGUCUUGGCAAAUGGGUAAUUGGGGGUUUCCGCCCUUUAGAUAAUAACACAUCCAUAGUUGCUAGCAAAAUUCACGGAAUCUUGUAUGCUAUGGAGGCGGGGGGAAAGAUCAUAGAAAAGCUACCUCAACCACUUCAUUUGUGGAUUGAAAGCGAUGAGAAAGCUGUUGUUGGUGCUGCUAAUGGAGAGAAUGAUAUUAAAUCUGAGUAUCGGGAUAUGGUUAACGAAAUUGUUCAUAAGAAAGAAGAACUUGAAAAAAAUAAUAUUGUGUGUUUGUUCAGCUUUAUAAAAGGUGAAGCUAACGGUGUUGCACACCUGCUCGCAAGGUUGGACUCGAAGAAGGUGUUGGACAUGCCUACUGUGGAGGAUGUUCCCGAGGACAUUAGGGAUGAAGUUGUAAAAGUGCUCGAAUCUGAUUCCAUGGGGACUAAGUAUCAAAUUAAGAAGAGAAGGUGAAACAAGUUUAAGGGACUGCUCAUUGCCAAAGUCUUGGAGAUGCAUUGACAGCUAGUAAGGAACACCAAAAAGUUUCAUAUUGUAUUUAUUUGGUUGCAUGGGUUGGUUUAGAAUUUGGUCAAUCAUUUUAAAAGCUGCUCUCUCUUUUAUUUUUUGGUCGUCAGAAAUAGAAUAUAUUUGAAUAUAUUUGAUUUUCUUAAAGUUAGCCAAGUAUGCUAGUACCAGAAGUUGAAUUCUGGUUUUGCGGA